AUGUCGACAUCUGAUCAUCCAGAGUCAGAUGGUCAGACGGAACGUGCCAAUCGUGUCCUUGAAGAGAUACUUCGAGGAUACGUACACUCCUUUAAGAGUUGGAGUGAGUUCUUGCCAAUGGUAGAGUUUGCCAUUAACAACUCGGUGCAUGCGUCCACGACACAUACACCGUUUUACGUGAAUGGCUUGCGCCAUCCGCGUGUACCCACCUUACUAGAGUGUAGCUCUGGUUUAAGGGAGGGAGGAACUCGCGCGAGCAAAAACCGAAUUGGUUCACGCUCAUCACGCUCUGACGAAGAGGUCAUUGCGUUUGAUGCCGAUAUCGACAACAUCGAUAUCGAAGAAGAUGAUGCCAGUGAGAGCGAGGAAGCCCUCACUGAAGAAGAGAUUGAUGUCGCUGCAGUGCACUCACAGCGCACCGAAGCUAACGAGUCAGCAGAUGAGUUCAUACUGGCUCGUGGAACGGUAGUCCGUUUUGUUCAAUACUCCAUCGCCGAAGAGGUGGAUAAGCAAAAGCAAAACGCAGACAAGAAUGGAAGGGCAAACACUCUUUGA